ACUAUUUUUCUCAUCCUUCACUACCAAAUAUCACAUUUCAAUUCAUCUUGAGUUCAGUACAAUGGAUUCCAAAAACGUUUUCCUCAUCCUUGGUCUAUUGGCCAUGGUUCUUGUUAUUUCCUCCGAGGUUUCAGCUAGAGAAUUAGCUGAGACUUCCACUAAUGCCAAAGAGGAAGUUGUUGAAAAGUCCAAUGAAGUAAAUGAUGCCAAAUAUUACGGUGGAGGUUAUGGUCAUGGCUAUGGUCAUGGAUAUGGAGGCUACGGUCAUGGAGGCUACGGUCAUGGUGGUGGUGGUGGUUACGGUCAUGGCGGUGGUGGUGGUUACGGUCAUGGUGGCGGUGGUGGAGGCUACAGUCAUGGUGGAGGCUAUGGUCACGGUGGUGGUGGUUACGGUCAUGGUGGCGGUGGUGGUGUUUCCAACAACGGUAACUGAUUAUAUCAUCAUGCAUGGACAUUCUAAGUGUAAUAAGCUUCAUGAAUAAAUAACGUUAGGGUUCAACAAAAGAGGUAUAGAUAGACAGACAUGAAGCUUUUGUGGUUAUCUAUCUUGUCAUAAGAUGUUUUAUAACUCUGUUAAUCGGUGUCUAACUUACAUUAUCACUAUGUAUGUGGUAAUGAGUUCGAUUUCGAGUUGAAAUGAUCAAUGUGUUAUAUAUCAAAUUUUAUUGUUCUUGUUA